AUGGAUCUGCAUGAGGCCGAUAAACCCCAUCCUCGUCCCCCCCUCUCCUCACCCAGCCUCUCCCCCCUCACCUCCCCCAUCCCUCCUCCCCCUCUCCUCACCCCAUCCUCUCCCCCUCACCUCACCCAUCAUCUCCCCCUCUCCUCACCCAUCCUUCUCCCCCUCUCCUCACCCAUCAUCUCCCCCUCUCCUCCCCCAUCCUCCUCCCCCUCUCCUCACCCAUCCUCUCCCCCUCACCUCAUGGCAACCAUCAUCUCCCCCUCUCCUCACCCAUCCUCCUCCCCCCUCUCCUCACCCAUCCUCUCCCCCUCUCCUCACCCAUCCUUCUCCCCCUCUCCUCCCCCAUCCUCCUCCCCCUCUCCGUCACCCAUCCUCCUCCCCCUCUCCUCACCCAUCAUCUCCCCCUCUCCUCCCCCAUCCUCCUCCCCUCUCCUCACCCAUCCUUCUCCCCCUCUCCUCCACCCUCUCCUCUUCCAUCCUCUUCUCCUUCUCCCCCCUCUCCCCCCCAUCCUCCUCCCCCUCUCCUCACCCUCUCCUCUUCCAUCCUUCUCCCCCUCUCCUCCCCCAUCCUCCUCCCCCUCUCCUCACCCUCUCCUCACCCAUCCUCUCCCCCUCUCCUCCCCCAUCCUCCCUCCCCCUCUCACUCACCCUCUCCUCUUCCAUCCUCCUCACCCUUUCCUCCCCAUCCUCCUCCCCCUCUUACUCACACACACAGGUCUGUUUGGGGCAGAUAACGGCUCUCUCCACCAGGGUCCGGCUCAACUAAACCCAGACAGAACAGGACCAGAACAGGACCAGAACAGGACCAGAACAGGACCAGAACAGGAACAAGACAGAACAGGACCAGAACAGGACCAGAACAGGACCAGAGCAGAACCAGAACAGGACCAGAACAGAAUCAAACGUCUCCAGGACUGA